AUGCUGAGCACGAUUGUCGUGACGUCGGCGCUAAAGGGCGCGAUCGGCUUGGUUGGCACGGGACUGUGGCUGGUGCCUCUGCUCAUUGCCGGGCUGUCCUACUAUCACUACGAUCAAUUGGAUCCCGAGAGUCGUCCGAUCAAUCGUUACCCCCUGGACCGGGAGUACGACUUUGUGGUGGUGGGGGGUGGCUCGGCCGGGGCGGUGGUGGCCUCGCGUCUGUCGGAGAUCGGGCACUGGAGGAUCCUCCUCCUGGAAGCCGGUCCGGACGAGAACGAAAUCACGGACGUGCCAUCGCUCGCGGCCUACCUCCAACUGACCAAGCUCGACUGGAAGUACAAGACCGAGCCGACCGGGCGCGCCUGCCUCGGCAUGAAGGGCGGCAGGUGCAACUGGCCCCGUGGCAAGGUCCUGGGCGGCUCGAGCGUCCUCAACUACAUGCUCUACGUCAGGGGCAACAGGAUGGAUUACGAGCACUGGGAGGCCCUCGGCAACAAAGGCUGGGGCUACGAGCAGGCCCUCCACUAUUUCAAAAAGUCCGAGGACAACCGCAACCCUUACCUGGCGAGGAGCCCGUACCACGGCACCGGAGGCUACCUCACCGUUCAGGAGUCGCCGUGGCGAACGCCGCUGGUGGUGGCGUUCGUGCAAGCGGGGGUGGAGAUGGGCUACGAGAACCGGGACAUAAACGGCGAGCAUCAGACCGGCUUCAUGAUUGCCCAGGGCACCAUCAGACGGGGCAGUCGCUGCUCAACCGCCAAGGCCUUCCUCAGGCCGGUGAGGCUCAGGAAGAACCUCCACACGGCCAUGAACGCCCACGUGACGAGGAUCGUGGUCGAUCGGGGCACGAUGAGGGCGACGGGGGUCGAGUUCACGCGGGACGGCCGCAAACAAACGGUCCGAGCGAGGAAGGAGGUCGUCUUGUCGGCUGGAUCGAUCAACAGCGCCCAGCUGCUGAUGUUGUCGGGGAUCGGGCCGAGAGAGCACCUCGAGGAGCUGAACGUGCCCGUGAUCCGGGACUUAAGGGUCGGCGACAACCUGCAGGACCACGUGGGAAUGGCUGGGCUGACGUUCCUCGUGGACAAGCCAGUGGCCAUCGUCCAGUCAAGGUUUCAAGCGGCGCCCAUGACGAUGCAGUACGUGGUCAACGGCAGGGGACCCAUGACGACUCUCGGGGGCGUCGAGGGCUACGCCUUCGUCAACACCAAGUUCGCCAAUGAGACCGGAGCCCACCCGGACAUCCAAUUCCACAUGGCGCCCGCCUCCAUAAACUCCGACGCGGGAGUCCAGGUGCGCAAGGUCCUGGGCAUCACCGACGAGCUGUACGACACGGUUUACCGGCCGAUCGCCAACAGGGACGCCUGGACCAUCAUACCGUUGCUUCUGAGGCCUCGGUCACGCGGUACUGUUCGCCUGCAAAGUUCGAACCCGUUUCAGAGUCCCAAGAUCGACGCCAACUACUUUGACGAUCCUCGGGAUAUGACGACGCUGGUCGAGGGCGCGAAAAUCGCGGUGAAGGUCAGCCAGGCCAGGGUGUUCAGGCAGUUUGGCUCCAGGAUACACAGGACAAAGAUACCCGGGUGCAAGCACCUAAAGUUCGGGUCGGACAAGUACUGGGAGUGCCACAUUCGUCACAUAUCGAUGACGAUUUAUCACCCGGUGGGUACGGCGAAGAUGGGACCGGCUGACGAUCCGACGGCCGUUGUCGACCCGAGACUCCGGGUCUACGGGGUCAAGGGGCUCAGGGUGAUCGACGCGUCGAUCAUGCCGACGAUUACCAGCGGCAACACCAACGCGCCUGUGAUCAUGAUUGCCGAGAAAGGAGCGGAUUUGAUCAAGCAGGAUUGGAACGAGUUCAAGAUAUACUCCUCCACUUUUCAAUGA